AUUAUACAAAAUGGCGGCGACAUGAUCAGUGUUGAUGUCGCCAGAAAUCUUUACACAUAUUUAUGAAAUUUUCGUGAAAAUCUGACAUAAAUCGGCUGAAAAAGUGCGUUAAUUCGUGAUGGGACUUCUGUUCGGCUAGUUUUGAGUGUAUGGAAUAGGUAGUGAUUGUCGAAUUCAUCGGAAAUCGGAUCGAAAAAAUGUUAUGUUGUUUCUUUGUCUUUCAUUGUGGGCAAUGUGAAGUGUAACUAUAAAACCUUAUUGGAAAUAUUUAGAAUUUGGUUAUAUAGUGGUUGCUGUUGUGAUAUCUAUUUAUUUAUUCACAUUCCCUAAUUUCGAGACUGGUUCCUAACAUUCCCUUUAAAUGACAAGCACAUUUCAUUGCUGUCACUACGGAUUUGGUCUGUUUGGAGAGAAAUUCGAAAUUUCUUGUGGAAGAUGAAUUUUUCUCAUUUUGGAUCAAUUUCGUUCGAGAUGAUUCGAGCUGCUUAAAAAGAACCUUGGACACCCGAUUCCAAGAACGCACAAGAUUCCCCAUCCAGCCGAGGCGGCCUAUAGUCCAAAGGUGCCGAAAGACAGCGAUGAGGUAAAAUGUGUCUGCACGAAGAACUUCCACUACCGGGAAGGACCCGAACCUCCGACGGUAUGUCCUACUUCGAGUCCUGCAGGACAGAAGGCAUCUCCUCCAAUGUGACGUCGUGCGGUAGCGAAGCCGAAGCGCGUUCGGUGACGCUCGAGAAGCCGCGUAAGUCGCGAGAAAGACUGACCGGCGACGGCCUGACGACGAAACGACGUCUCGCCCCUGUCGUCGCUGGAACCGAACACGGUUGUGUCGACAGCAAAAUUAUCUGUGAUUUAAGGUUAAAAGAUUGGAAAGACUGUAGAAUAAAAUCGAAAUUCGCUAGAUUUACCGCUCUAAGUUUUCACACGUUACUUACGACGUUCACGUGCCUAUAUACGAGUCGCGCGUCGACAUCGCCAUGUAAAACGGCGUCGCUAUCGGUGAUUUGCCUGUUGUUGAUCGCGUGCACGGCCCAGGCUCGCGCUUACGGUAGUGAGUUCGAUAAGUCCGAUCAGCUGGUUGAAAAUGUGAAUUUGGACGAUAUAGGCGCCGUGUUUAACAAGGUUGCAUACGGCAGCACCACCAAGCGUUCGAUACCGGAUACCGCUUACCCGGUUACGACACUCGCGACGCCGCUGCUCACCACAUACCGCUACACCGACGGUUACGAGGAAUGGCGGCGCGUGGAUACGAAGAAAGACCUGCCGAGAUACGAUGGCGACUUCGCCGAGCCUCCCGAGGGUGGCUACGGCACAGACCUGGAGAAAGACCAUGUGCUGCCCACGUCAGCGCCUGCGGCUGACAUCCUAAAGAACAAUCACAAUAAGCACUACAGCAACCCGAACCGUUACAACAACGAUCGGUUAAGACCAGACUACGUACCGAGAAAUAACCCGCAGGAAGAAGUGACAGAGAACUAUUAUAAGACUACGACGACGUACAACGUACAGAGGAACGUUAGACCCACGAAGUCAAUGUACAGCAAGGAAAUACCCAGGUACGUCCCGCCGCAGAGGGACAGGGACCUGUUCACGCCGCCGUUGCCACCCAAAUUUCAGAGUCCGUUCCAGGACAAGCCUACUUUGCGUGGAACCAAUAACGACUUUGUCCACCGCCGCCCUAUACCACCACCUAGUCUGAUGCCUAACAAGGACCGAAUACCCUUCAGACCUGAUCUGCCGAAAGUCAAUGCCGAACGUGUUCCAGAAAAGCCUUUGGAACAGCCCAAACCACCGUCACACAACUCCAACCCACAGCCUCCGACAAACGAGAAGAAGAAGACUCUGAAUACGCCGUCGCAGAACGUUCGUAUUAAUGAUGGCUUUAACGGUGGUCGCAACGUCAACGAGAGCAACUUCGAGUACGACAAGGGUUACCUUCCUGCCAUAACCAGAAUACUCAGCGGACCGAACGGCAGAAACGACGACUUUCCAGACUCCCUCCUACAGUCGGUGUCCGCUACUCCUAAUUUCCAGCAACGAUCAGAACCAAAGACGACAAAGACGAGGGCGCCAAUCGCUCAACCGACCGUUAGGGUCCAGGAAGUGGAACGCAGUACGGAGAAGAUGGAGAAGCCAAUAGAGGAACCUUCGUCUCCCUUCGAGAAAGACGUACCGCCAGACCGGUCGGAGAGCGUCACUGUCCAAAAGAACGCUGUGGCCGCCGCUCCCAAACUUCCGGAGAAGAGGCCAGUUCAAAACGAUCUCACUACCCAGAUAUCCGAUGUUAUCAAUUUGCGUAACGUAAAGGAGAAAGAACGCAAUGUGACAUUCGUGACCAGUGAUGAGGUGUGGCUGAUCUGUUGGAACGUGCACAUCUUCCUAGUGUUGAUCGGUUACAUCGUCCUCGCGAUCUAUUCAAUAUACAAGUUGAUCAGAUAUGAAAACGACCCGCACAUGUUCUCUAAGAGCUACUUCCUGACCGUGCAUCUCAUGCUCACAGUCAUCUGUGUGCUUCGGAUCUUUUAUCUGGCCUAUGACCCUUACAAUGUCAAUAAUUCUUUCAACGUCCUCCUGUACGAUUUUCUGCACAAUUUUCCCAUGAGCUUGAUGGCCACUACCUUCGCUAUCUUAAUAUUGUUCUUGCUCAAACGUACCCUGACUCACCUUGAGGUCAAGACCAGGCCGGUGUUCUUAGUAGUCUUCGCCGCCCUUCACAUCUUCCUCUGUCUCGGCUUGAGCAUACUGGAAACUUUUGGUUUCAUGGAAAAGGCUAGUUUGAUUGUCUGCAAACCUGUUUUUGUCCUAUUGGCAUGGGCUUUAGGUGUCAGUUACUUAUACCUCUACAGAAUCAUUAAGAAUGUCCUGGCCAAGAAAAGUCAGAAUCUUUCCGAAAUGUGCACCCAAAAUAUCUCCUAUGCUUCUCACAUAACCAUUGCCGUGGCCCUCCUCUUCGUUCUUCUUGGUUUCGUACAACUGUACGCCCUCUUCUUCAUCGAGGAGGAUCGAUUUAACGGUGAAAUCAAGCACCAUUGGAUACUCUGGGGCUUUGAGCUAUCUGUUAGGUUUAUCGAAAUAUCUAUCAUUACUCUGCUAGCGAUAGUGGUCAGUCUGAAAAUGUCACAGAGGGAAAAGCAGACCGCGGGCGGUUUUCCUCUAUUCCCCUGCACCACCAGUGACUCCAGUACGGAUAACAUCUACCCGAACAAUUGCAACACCAACCCCAAUGCCAUGAACUACAGCAGAAACGAAAUGAUACUUGACAACAUCCCAACCGAAGCGGUGGAGAGGCCGAUCUUGGUCAAAAACACCUUCCAGAACGAUUCCUUCGACAAAAAGUCUACUUUGGAAAGGUACCACAGCGACAACGAGCGCAGUUCCAAUUUCGAUAGGUUUGAAAGGCCCAAGUGGGGCUCCGAUAGAUUUGAUUCCAGGCAAAACGCCGACCAGGUCAAUAUAAAUAACUUUUUGCAACCGGGUUCCGGUAAUUUCGAUAGGGGUGCCCAAAACUCCUCUGCUAGGGGAUCGGCUAGGAAGACCUAUGACACGGCCAAGUAUUAUACUAAACCUAAGUACGACCUGGACUAUAACAACGAGGAUUACCAGCACGAUCUAUUCGGCAACGCUCAGGAUAGGAAUAUCUACAGUGAGCCUAUUGACAAUAGCGGUCUGAAUCAUCACCAAUACGAGAGAACGAGACACGAGUUCGAGAGGUCCGAUUUCGAUCGGAGAUCGAGAAACUCGUCGAAUACGUCGGGCAGAAGGUCCACCGGUAGGUCGAGGAAGAAUCACGCUAGGCCGCACCUAGGGGUGCAAACGUUGCCAAGCCACGACGCCAGACACCAGGUACCUGAUUCCAUGUUGGUGGAUGAACAGGGCUUUGUUAGGUUCAGGCACAUGCAGGAGGAGCACGAAAAACCCAAGAAGAACAAGAAAUUCAAUGACAUGAACCAGUAUGGGGAAGCAUAACUCUUGCUGCCUCGAAAACGUUGGCUCGGACGCUAUUUUCGUUCCAAAGAACCGAUAGAUUUCGUUUAGCUUUUGCUCGUUUCGAAUGAAAUGUUUUUGUUUAUUUUUUUCUGAAGGUGUUUAAAAAGUUGAUGUCUCACUACUUAUAUAUAGUAUCAUAAAUUCUUUGCAAAUUGUUGUUAAUAAACUGAAGAUUGCUGUUUGAUGAAUGAAACUUAAAUGCACACAGAAAUUUCAGAAAAUAGUGAAGGAACGAUGUUCGUGUUACAUCCGAGCCAAUGUUUUGUCGAGCAUCAUUGGAAAAGAAUAAGCCUUAUUCAAGAUUUGAUGGCCUAAAUCAGUCGGCCCCUUGAAAAAAUUGCCAAAUUACGACCUAAUAAAACGAGAGUUUUCAUGUGAAAUUACUGAAACUCAUGAAAACAAACUAAUAAUAUUUAGGUGACUCACAAAAAAGUGAUAUAAGAAAAUAUCUUAACCUUUCUCUCGAAGUUGUCGAUACACUGUGUUAGAAAAUAGUGUACCUAUAUAAAUACAUAUUAAUAUUAAUUAUAAUUUAAAAGAAAGGUAGUAAAUAAAUGAAAUGUGUAUAUUUGCCACUGUACAUAGUUUUGAAUUAAGUAAUAACUAUAAUUUAAUUUUUUAUAUAUACAAGAUAUGAAAUCCUAAUUUUAUAUGUUGACUUUUUGAAAUACAGGGUUCGAAAAUUUAGGCAGCUAGCAAGUGAAGGAAAAGGAUAAAGUGAAAAUUUGAGAACUUUGAAAUGAUAAUACCUAAUUCUAUGUGUACCUCUUCACCCUGUAUUCUUUUCGUUGGACCUACGACUGAAUGUUCAUUAUAAUUUAUUAAGUCUCUUUGACUUUGAAGCUUGGAGUUAUUGGCUUAUGUUUCUUCAAUUUGAAUUUAUCAAAUAAUCUAUGAACAUAUUUGAUUUUUGCCCAUUAUUUAUUAACUUUUAUACCAGUGAUACCAAGCAACUUAAUCCAAUAACUCCCAAAUGUUUCGACUUCACCGUCCUUAUUCCUAGAAGUUAAUAAUCUUCUAUUUUGCGAAAUUCUUGAAAAAAAAAUCCCAGUGUCUAGUUGCCGAGACUGGAGGCUCACUUUCACAUGAUGUUGUUAAGUAGGUGUAACGAAAAAGAAUAAAUCCUAGAAGUAAACUUACUCAUAUUAAUAAUAAAUGGCGUCACAAAGCGUAUGUUUAGUUUUAGCUACUGGCUCGGUAACUAGACAGGCAUGUAGAUGUCUUUUUGUAUAUAUGUAUUUAAAUUAUUAAAGCAAGCAACAAACAGGUUGCCAUUCAUUUCUGUUCAAACCAAAUGCAUACAGGUUAAUUUUCACAAAAUUUUCUUUAGUUGUAAAUCUAAAUCCUUAUGGAUUCAUAUUUAGUUCCAAUUUUUCUGUAUGCAUUUAUUGUAUAUAAUUUAUUUGCAGUAUUAUUAUUUGACAGUAUUUAUUUUUGAUUUUGUGAGUACUAUCCAAUGAAUUAUUUGCCAUUAUUAUUUUGCAAUGCAGUUUCAACACUUUUCUACGCUACUAAUUUUUGUAUAUUUUUAUUCUUUUAUUAUGUGUACAUAUUGCUUACAGAUGUUUAAUUGAUUGAGAGAAUUUGUUAUUUAAAUCAUUUUUAUAGAAGAGGCGUCUAUAUAGAUUUGUCUACUUGUUGAAAUUUUCAAGAAUUCAAGAAGUUUUUAAGAACUCGCAAUAAUAAUAAAUGUUAAAAUGCUGUGAAAAUCUUUUGACUGAAUGUAAGGUAGCAAUAUAGUUUUAAUUAUGUUAUUUUUUUAUAUGUCAAAAUGAAAGUAUGUUGUAGCAAUACUUUCAGAAGGAAAUUGUUGCAACUGCAUUUUCUGGAUAUAACAACAAACGUUCCAUUCCCGUUUGAUUAGUGCAGCUUUUUAUUUUGCUCAUUCAAUAGCUGGGCUUUCAAUGCCGCUUUUUUCGAUAUUUUUCACACAUUCCAUGACUUGCCUUAAUCUGUUCCUAUUUUAUUUAUGUACUUACGAUUACGUUUUUUUCGAGAAGUUUUGCCAGUAUCUCUAAUGCAUCUACUCGUUCUAGAAUAGAAACAUCAUUUUAAAUGUUCUAUCACAUUUUCUUUUGACAAAAUACUCGACAAUUUCUAAAAUGAAUUGGGUUUUUUAAAUUGUCAUAUUCGUCUAAUCUUUGUAUUAUAUUAUUGUAAAUUAUAAACAAGUGGAUAUAU